GGUUUGGCAACACAACCAACACAUUUCUUUUCUCAUCUCCUAGAAGAGAAAAAAACAAAAACCAAGAAAGAAAAAAAAAUACCUGGAGAAUACAGGUAAUGAUUAAUCUCUGAGGCACGAAGAGGGCCGUUUUGAGGACUGCAGGUUAGAACUCACUAAUCGAAAUAAAUAGCAGUGAACAGGGAAUGGAGGCUUCACUAGAAGAUUAAGUCACAGCUUUUAAUUGGACAGCAUUUGUACACUCAGAGAAGUCUCACCAGACAUCUCCAGGAAUCUACGCAGAGCUGCCUACGGGUUUCCGUUUUCAUGUGCCCGGGAAGGUGAGGCCCAGGACAGGACUGGAGGAAUAUUAUCGGAAAAGACCCAAGAUGCAGGCUGACGAGGGAGAGACACGCAAGACCUUCAAGCACAGGCUGGCCUUGAAGAGCAGCCUAGCCAGGGAGACGGUGUCCGAGUUCCUGGGCACGUUUAUAAUGAUCGUCCUGGGAUGUGGCUGCGUUGCCCAAGCUGUCCUCAGUCGAGGGAUUUUUGGAGGCAUUGUCACUAUCAAUGUGGGAUUUGCAAUGGCAGUGGUAAUGGCCAUUUAUGUGACUGGAGGUGUCUCUGGUGGCCACAUCAACCCAGCUGUGUCCUUUGCGAUGUGUCUCUUUGGGAGGAUGGAAUGGUCCAAACUGCCGUUCUAUGUGGGAGCCCAGUUUUUGGGAGCCUUUGCAGGGUCCGCGGUCCUCUUUGGCAUUUACUAUGAUGCACUUAUGUCCUUUGCUGGUGGAAAAUUGCUCACCGUGGGAGAAAAUGCAACAGCGCACAUUUUUGCAACAUACCCAGCUCCUUAUCUGUCUCUGGCGAGUGCAUUUGCAGAUCAAGUAAUGUCCACCAUGUUCCUCCUCAUUGUGGUCUUUGCUAUUUUUGACUCCAGAAACUUGGGAGUCCCCAAAGGCCUGGAGCCCAUUGUUGUUGGCCUGCUGAUCAUUGUCCUUUCUUCUUCCUUGGCACUGAACAGUGGCUGUGCCAUGAACCCAGCCAGAGACCUAAGCCCCAGGCUUUUCACUGCUUUGGCAGGAUGGGGAUUUGAUGUCUUCAGGGCUGGAAAUCACUUCUGGUGGAUUCCUGUGGUGGGCCCCUUGGUCGGUGCUGCCAUUGGAGGUCUUGUCUAUAUGCUGCUCAUUGAAAUCCACCACCCGGACCUCGACCGCAACUUCAAGGCAGAGCAGUCAGGGGACAAACAAGAAAAAUAUGAACUUAGUGUUAUAAUGUAGUGAUGUGCUCAGCUCUGAACUUGCAGUUGGUUUGGAAUUCAUUUUGGAAGAGAUGGCACCUGUGUGUCUGCAUUUUUGUACAACUAGGAUGGAUGUACAACUAGGAUGUACCCAAUUUUCUCUGCUAGGUCUGUGGUACAUACAGCUGUGAAGGUACCUGAGUGAGGGUUUGGAAAAAUGGACCCGUUCUGUAUGAGUCACCCCCUCCUCCGAAUAGCACUGAGGACCCCCUGAACAGCCUUCUUUCCUGUCCCGAUGAUGGCAUCCUUGAUGGGAGUCUUUAACUGGAUUGUCUAGCGGCAUAACUCACAUGAAAUAAUUCACCAAAAGCCUCUUCUUCGAUAUCUACAAAUAUUACAUUCUGAGUGUCAUCUAAAACCUAAUCUGAAAGACAAAACAGUUGUUUCAGUUGACAUCCACGAACUAGGGUGCUAAAGGGUUAACUCACUAGUUAUAUUGUGCUGCUGCUGCUGCUGGCUUUGCAUAAAUACUAAUACUCUCCAAACCUAUGGAUGUAGCAAGCGGGAGACUACAAUAAAAAGCACAGGGGAAGGACACUGUGGCAUUUAGAAACCUCAGGAGACAAGAUAGAUUUGGGAAACCAAAUGGAAUUUUUUAAUGGAAACCAUUUAUCAGAUUAAUCUCUUGCUCUUCUGCAUUUUAGAGGGCGCCAAUUAAUUUCCUGGUCUUUAGUAUAUAAUAACCUAAAAUACAAUUGUAACCUCCAUCAUGAAAAAUACAUCAUUCUGUCUGUUUCGCUAAAAUGUAUUUUCCUAAUUGCCCACUUGAGGACAGACGUUUGACAAGUGAAGGCAAUGGCUGCGUCAUCCAUUAUUUUACACACACCCCAGAAGCCUGAAAACCAUCGGAGCCCCGUCUGGCAGAUUGUCUAAGGUAGGAAGUUCCUGGAAGGCUACUCAUCCCUCACUGGGUUUUACAUCUCACAAGACACCUUGGUACAUAUCAUCUAAUUUAAUCCUAAUAAUGACUGUUCGAGAUAAAUUCCACGAUGCCCAUUUUCCAGGUAAGGAAACAAAAUCUCAGGGAUAUUAAGCAAGUUGUCCGAGAUUUCUUGGGAAGUUGAACAUUGUCUAAUGUCACCCUCCACCUUUCAGAAGACCACUAACAGGCAGCGAAUCCCUGCCAGCCCAUCCUGGUUGGCCAGGAGAAAUGGGAUUCACAGCUUCCAGGAGCUGUGCACCCUGUGGACAUAAUGCUCCUUGAUGUUAUGAUGUAAGAACUUAAUAUCCUGCUUUGUCUUGCUUUAUUCCCUCUUUACUGACACACAA